CUCAAAGAGCUUGAGGUUAAUGUAGUCUAAGCACAAGAUUCCAAAAAUAGUUGCUAUAUAAUCUGCUUUUGAAUCAAGGGAAAUCUUUCCAAAGUAUGCACUGAACACGUUGUUUCAUUCUAACCAGCCUCGCAUCAAUUCUUAAUGAUCCUUUGUUGCAUUUUUUGAUCCCAAAUUUAUUAUCGCCCUUUGUUAAUGAUAGAAUUAAGUAAUCAAUAUGAAUGAAACUUUUUUUCUUUUAACUAAUGUUUUUUAAAGUAUAUAUAUGCCCCCCGUAUCGUGGUCGCAGGUUGUAAAUUACUUGGUGUAAGCCAUCCUCAUCGUAUAAUAUCAACACUUCAGAAAGAUAGCAAAUUAGCAAUUUGUUGGUCAUUCUAUCUAUAUUUUCUCUUUAUGAAACGUUAAAAGCUGACAUCAUAUAGGUGGGACGAGACGAUGAAGCCGGACAAAGAAAUACCUACGGGUUUCGGCUCAACAACGAGUAAGGCCGACUUAACAAACAAAGUCAAGGAAAUUUGCAACAUCACUGGAAUCGUUGGCAUGUCUGCUGCUGUCGUCCAUGAAGGCGAGGUAGUGUGGGAAGAAAGCAUUGGCUACAGCAACCUUGAAGAGAAAUGCAAAGCCACUUCGCUUACCAUGUAUCCCAUUGGUGCUUUAAGCCAGAGCUUUACAGCAGCUGUCGUGGCUCAGAUGAGCCAUAGAAACAUCUUGCGCUACGAUGACAAGGUCUCACACCACCUUAGAGGGUUCUUGCAUCCAGACGCUGAUUUCUCUGACAAUACAACAAUUGCAGAUCUUCUUGGCCAUCGCACCGGGCUUCAAGCGGCUGAGUCUGUCUUGACUGAAUACGGUGGUCGUGUCAGCUUACUCGAAAAUGAGAUUAUCAGAGCGUAUCACAGUCUCAAGCGCGUGGCAGAGCCACGCUCUCGGUUUAUUCACGGCGCGAUUAACUACACCUUACUUGGAGAAAUCGUUCAUAAAUACUGUCCUGAAGGGUAUGAUCGAUACCUUAGAACCAAUAUCUUGAGGCCUUUGGGAAUGCCUUGUACCUGCAAUGUAUAUACGGAUAGAGGAGGAUACGGAAGUCACUAUUCAAAGCUAUAUCACGUCGGACGUCGGGGCGGGCAGCUACUGUCGCAACGUGUAGAUUCCCUCGAUGCCGUUUUAGCGCCCGAUUUACCUGCUUUGAAGCCGGAUAUACGGUAUUCUAAUGAUAACUUCGAGGCACUGGUCUCCUAUUGCAAGGAGAAGCGCCUGAAACGCCUUCAACGUUUGUCGUCAGAUAAAUGGAAUAUGACUGAGCAGAACAGACUUGAUCGUCACAAUUUCAACACAUACCGUGAACAGCAGGCAGCGGCUGAAGAGAUUAUCUGUCUUCACAAGGCUACAAUGCCAAAUGCGGCAAGGGGCAUGUUGAGCAACGUUGACGCACUAAUAAAAUAUUGCAUAGGUCUCAAUAAGGCCGCAGAUAAAAGUUGGGAUCCUGCGCCCGAUGACCGUGGCUAUAAACGGGCGUUCCCGGACGUGGAUUUGCUUUUUAGCCCCCUUCAGUCCAUGGAAGGGGUACCGAACGAGGACAAGAUCUCUUGCACAUGUAGCUACGCUGCAGGCUGGGCAACUACCACGUUACCUGGCAGACUCGAAGGCCUUGGGGCCAACUCCAAGCUGAUCCCGAUGCCCAUGAUCGGACUCGGCCAGACCAAAGCAACCAAAGUGUACUGGAAUCAGGGAGUGCAUUGCGGAUCAAACUGUUUUGUUGCCCUUUUACCGGAAACGAAAUCUGCAGUCAUAGUGUUGACAAAUACGAGGACGGCGAAUGAUGCCGCUGAUUGGAUCGGGCAGCUCCUGCUUCAGACACUCUUGGGCGGCGACCUAAAUCUCUUCUCAGUGCAAAUGAGCAUGGCUAAUGCACACAAGCAGCACGAAGAUCUCGUGACCAGUUUCAAUUUUGUCAGAGGAAAUGAUUUCUGGGCCUUCUGCAGUCGUCCUCUUGAGCAGUAUAUGGGGGUAUAUUCAAACGAAUCUGAUAACAGAAAAACUCUCAUCGUGUGGCCUGAAACGUAUGAAGGAGUGAGACCUUUUGUCGACAAAACCCCUGGUCAAGGAGAAGAGAGGACGAUUCGAACUGGAAUGACAGUCCAGUUUGCAAACGGAAUGAAAAAGUUUAUCCUACGGCACCUCUAUAAUGACACCUUUUCCUGGUAUUCAGACUGGGACGGGAUGGUAGCGGGCGACAAACCUACUGGAUACCCCCCACAUUAUUAUAUUCUACACUUUCAUCCCGACAAAUAUGGCGGCGAUUCCAUCAAGGCAGUGACUUGGACUCAUGAUCCAGAAAUGCCCGAGAAAGGACAAAGGUACUAUCGCUCAGUAUAG